AUGCUAGCCCUUGCCCUCCACAUCCCCAUAUCUGAUGCAUUGGUUAAUUGGAAGAAAAGGGAGAAUCUCUUUGGUUUUUGGAGGGCUUACCUAGAAGAAGAAGCAGAAAGGUUGUUUGUGAUACAUCAUUGGGAUGCAUUGGCAAAUAUACUAGCUCUUCUCAUAUAUGGGCUAGUAUUGUUCCCAAACCAUGAAGGUUUUAUAGAUUCAGCUGCCAUAAGUAUCUUUUGGGUCGUUUGGAAGGAUAAACAAAGUUUGGUUCCUCCAUUAUUAGCUGACACUUUUCAUACUUUGCAUACUCGACAUAAAAAGAAGAAUGGAAUGUUGAUAUGUUGCCUUCCAUUGCUCUAUAAUUGGCUUAUCUCAUAUGUGUUCAAGCCUGAUGCUCACAUCAGUGAAAUGUCCAAUGGGGAGUGGGCAAGAACUCUGGUGUCUUUGACUAGUAAGGAUAUCACUUGGUACCGACACAAGCUGAAUGUUGAAGAAAUCAUUCUCAGUUGUGGUAGUUUCCCAAAUGUGCCACUAAUAGGAUCUAAAGGUUGCAUCAGCUACAACCCCAUGUUAGCUUUGCGACAGUUUGGAUACCCUAUGCGUGGGAAGCCCGAUGAUAAAGAGUUAGAAGAGAUGAUUUUGAAUGAUAUGGGAACCAAUGAUCCUUUUCUCCUCCGUAAGAUCAUUCAAUCUUGGGAAAAGGUGCAUACCAAAGGAACAGAAUUAGUAAAGAAGAAUGAUGCAACAAGGGUUCCUUAUCAGCAAUGGAUCUCGGAGAGGAUCAAAGUUGUGAAACUCCCUUUUUCUAUAGAGAUUCCUCUAAGGUCUACUUCACCAGAACCAGUCCCUGUUUCUCUUGAAGAGGUGGAAGAACUUCGAGCCAUGGUAGCUAAACUUGGAAAGGAGAAAGAUGAUCUGUAA